AACACUUAGGGGAGGGUCUUACUAUUUCGCGCGUAAAACUCGGCACGUCGUGUUUUACUGACCAGUCUCAGAACCGGAAUAACACAACGUCCUCGUGUUGCUCAACAGAGCAGACACAAUAAAUAUCGGCAUGUAAAGUGUUUUCAGAGCCGCAGUUUUCCUGUAUAACGUGACACAUUGUAACUGUCGGCCUUAUGUGGCCUACAAAGCACACCAAACUACUGAAGCCUGGCCCUUGUGUCAGUGCUGUCGUUGCCAGCAGGUACAGGGCGGUGGAGAGAAAAACAAAAUGUACACCUGCUUCUGGAAUGGUCUCUUCCACUAUUCUGCAAGCCUCCCCUGAAUGAGUCAUCCAGCCGGCUCCUCAUUGGAUAAGACCAUGCCAUCCCAAGGGAUUGCCUUGCAGAGGCAGAAAGGCCUUGCUUCCAUUCACAGAAACAUUGGCAGGAAAGAGAGAGAUGUUGGGAGGGACUGCAGUGCGAAAUCUGCGGCAGAGUGAGAGCGGAAGCUGCUUAUGAAUGAGUGUCAGUCUUUGAGCUUUCGCUAGACGCUCCUGAGGACAUUUUUUACAUGAAUGGUGUCCGGCUGUUUGCUUUCCGCUACCGUGGAGACAAAGAUGCUUCAUUGCUGCUGGUUUUAAGAGACUCGUGGGCUUUUUUUUUUUCUCCCUGUCAUCCCUCCGGUUGUUUGGUUGACUCAUCCGCCUGAGAAGCAUGUCAUUCAUGUUGCGUUUGUUUGAGUUGUAUCGUCUGUGCAGUUCAAACUGGACAAAUAGCUUGAUAUUAUAGACAAGCUUUCAGAUUUGGUACAAAUGAUUUAACACCAUUUUGUAUUCUUUAUUACAGAAUACUGUUUGACUCAUAGUGCUUCUGUUGACAAUUCAUCUUUAGGGAAAAAAUUGCUUUAUUCAAUGUUUACAUUGAUUCCUGAUUAUGAAGAUUUGUGCAGAAACAUCCCUGGAUUAACCAGUCAUAGUUUUUUAAAGGUAAAUGACAGCGAGCACGGGUUCUGCAGUUAUUUUAAAUGAACAUGGACAAUAUAUUUGUUAUGUCACAUACGGCUAAAAUGCUAUGGUAUUGUUGCUUUCAGUGAUCAAGAGAUUUCUUUUGCAUCCUUAAAGAAAAAUGACGUCUUUUGAAACCUUUAAUUCUUGAAUCAAAGAGAAGAUUUCUGCAGGCGCUUGUAUUGUAGCUUUUAAAUGGAUUCUUGUUAUCAUUAGGUUUUAAUUUAUUUUCAUCUUUGUGGUUAGUUUAUCACGUGCGUCAUCCAUUUAGCACAACUUUUCAUCACCUCAUCCACUUUCUGACAUGACUUCCAAGAAUAAUUAUGAAUGAUUUUGUUACCACGUUAAAUUAUCAAGCUUCCUCUCAUCCUUCAUUUCCUUUUCUCGAAAAAACAAAUGAGACUUAGGAGAAUCACAGAGAAUAAAUAUCAGACUGGGGAGUUUAAAAAAUUGAUUGGUCCUGUUGUGCUGUAAGUGGGAGUUUUUUUUUUCUCUCCCUCCGACAGGAAGUGAUUUGCAGUGUUCGGCAAGCCUUUUGUUGAGAAGGUUUUCUCAGAUCAGUGAGUCAUGCUUUAGCUCGGAGCCGGCAGGCAGGCAGGCAGGCAGUCAGCAGAGAGUGUUUGCUCUUCCCUCGCAGUAUCAUCGACAACAUAGACCUUUUUGUCUUCUUUCACUUUUUGGAUUUUUGAAUCUAGAAAUCAGCAGCAGCAUCAUCCCCACCGCUGGAAACCAAACAAGCUGCACCACCACACUGGCAGCCUUUUAGAGACCUUUUUCUCUCCAUCACCCUCCUCCUUCUCCUCCUCUGCCUCUCUGCUGUGCUGUUUUUCCAUGGAUUGUGUCUGUAUAUUUCCCUCUGACGGAUUGGAUUGCAGCUCUGGAUUUCAUUGACAGCACAUUGGACUUUGGCGACAGCAGCAGCAGCAGCAGCAGCAGCAGCAGCAGCAGCUCAACACAACCAGCACUGUAACCUCAAUAGAGAAAAUUACAGUCAGGUGGCCUGUGAUUUGCUGAAAGGCGUUUGCUGCCUGUGCCGCCGCUGCUAUGUUACAGGAGAGGGUAAUCAGCACGGCUCAGCCACGUCUGCCAGCACGCUUGUGAACGAGGCAGGCUGUGCGUGUCGCUUGGCGGAGAGAGGGGUCGGGAGAGCAAAAGAGAGGAGAAGGGUAUGCUUCACCGUACCAAAUACAACCGCUUCAGGAAUGAGUCAGUGACAUCUGUCGAUGAGCUUCUCCACGGCCUGUCCAUGAACCCCAAGGUCUCGGCCAACCCCCAGUCUACAGCCGAGACGUCCUACACACCCCCGACUGAGGUCCAGCCCUCCUCCGCUAGCACCACUGCUUCUUCCAGCUCUGCCAGCGACCACCUGGAAGAUGGAGGCACCACCCUCUGCACCCUCAUCAACAAGGUGUCCAACCUGAAAUUCAGCAACUCAGGCAGCCUGCUGGGCAUUAAAGGUCUGCCCUCGGCCGUCAAGGACCUGGCUGUGUCUAAGCUGCAGGUGGGUGGGGGAUCGGGCUCAGGCGGCUCCAGUGGCUCGAGCCCCAGUGCAGCAGCUACAGCAGCCUCUGGUGUGGGCGGCUCUCUGUGCAGCUCCCAUUCAACCCCCUGCUCGCAGCUAGAGCCGGCCGUCAGCAUGAGCAAGAAGAGCAGGCUGGAUGAGCACCAGCUGGGCAGAGAGGACUGGAACCCGGGUGGUGGAGGAGGAGGAGGACUGGUGAGCAAACCCUCCAGAGGUUGGCUACACUCAAGUGAGAAGAUCUCUGGACCAGGAGUGACAUACGUUGUAAAGUAUCUGGGCUGUAUAGAAGUCCUACGGUCGAUGAGAUCCUUGGAUUUCACCACGAGAUCACAAAUCACAAGGGAAGCCAUCAGCCUGGUGUGUGAAGCUGUUCCAGGGACCAAAGGAGCACUGCGGAAGAGAAAGCCACCGUCCAAAGCUCUGUCCAGUAUCCUGGGGAAGAGUAACCUGCAGUUCGCUGGCAUGUCCAUUAACCUGAAUAUCUCCACCAGUAGCCUCAACCUGAUGACUCCUGAUGGCAAACAGAUCAUAGCCAACCAUCACAUGCAGUCCAUCUCCUUUGCAUCAGGUGGAGACCCUGAAACCACAGAUUAUGUUGCUUAUGUAGCAAAGGAUCCUGUAAACAGAAGAGCGUGCCACAUUCUGGAGUGCGCUGACGGCCUGGCCCAGGAUGUCAUCAGCACCAUCGGCCAGGCCUUUGACCUCCGCUUCCAGCAGUACUUGCAGUGUCCCUCAAGCAAAUUGUCCUCCACACAUGACAGGGUAUUAAACAUGGAGGAGUUACCAUGGACAGAGGAAGAGGAGGAGUCAGCUGAGCAUCCUUACUAUAACAACAUCCCUGGAAAGAUGCCACCGCCAGGAGGCUUUAUUGAUGCACGGCUGACCAAUCAGAAUGCAGCUCCAGAUGGAUGCCAGAUGGGCCCUGGUUCAGUAGAUCAGACGUAUUACCAGGGGCGGCACUGUGGAGAAAGCUGGGGAGAUGAAAGAAAGGCCAUUUUCAUACAACAGGGAUCAUUCGAUAUAAGCUGUCUGCCUGAGAGUAAAGGCCAGACCCCCAAAACAGGAGAGAUGCCUGCGUACGUGAACACUCAGCAGAUCGACGCCCAGGUGCUCGCUGCGCUCCAGGCAGAGGCUGAGAAUGUGACUAAGGGGAUGGCAGCUGCAGCCAAAGAGAGCCCACAGAAGGACCUAUUUGACAUGAAACCCUUUGAGGAUGCCAUUCAGUCGCAGUCCCACCCACCUUGCCAGGGACAAGUCCAGUCCCAGGUUUCUGGUCUCCAAAAGGCAGCAUCUGUGGACAACUCCAGCCCUCUUCUCGUGCGCUCACUGGCCUUACGAGCACAGGAGGAGCUGGAGGGACAGACGUGGUACCACGGCAAAAUGAGCCGCCGGGACGCUGAAAAACUGCUGAAAGAGGACGGGGACUUCCUGGUUCGUAAAAGUACGACCAACCCAGGGUCUUACGUACUGACGGGCAUGCACAAUGGACUCGCCAAACACCUGCUGCUGGUGGACCCUGAGGGCACGGUACGGACAAAAGAUCAUAUAUUUGACAGCAUUAGCCAUCUAAUUGGCCACCACCGUGACAACAAUCUGCCCAUUGUGUCUGCGGGGAGUGAACUGUGUCUCCUACAGCCCGUUGGAAGGAAACAGUGAUUCUCGCAAAGCCUGGGGGGAAACAGGAAGCUCUGGACAGUCAUUCCUACCAUCCUGAAACUUGAAGAUGAAACACAGAGAAUCGAUGCUAAAAGGCUCGUUGCACUGACGGUGUUUUGGGGAAAAAUUGGCCCGUGGUUACUUUACUGGAGGCACUGGAAGAUGCAAGAUGUGUUUAAGAUAAAAAAAUAUUUAUAGAACUGUUAUUAUUUUGUUGUGAUGACUGAAAUGCUAUAUUUUUGAGAAGACAUAGGUGUAUUUGGACAUAAUAUCUUGAUUUGGUGUUUUAAAAGAUUAAAAGAGACAAUUGUUCUUGUAGUUUAGAUGAAGUGCAAAUCAAACCUCAAAGAGGUGUUAACAAGAGUAUUUUAGAAUAAAACCUGAAAUUUUAGUUUUGUCUGUCAAGCACAACCACAUUUCUACAGGAAGAGUUGGCUAAGAGAUUGAGGAAACAAAAACAAAAGCUGUUUAUAAGGAAUUACUUUCAGAAAAUGUCCUUUAAUCUCACCAAUAGCGUGACAGCUCACUCAAUUAGUCUCUAUAUGAAACCUGCUUUUAUUGGGGGUUAGAUCUGAAUGUGUUUUGCUUUGCAGUAGUCACAAAGUGUCAGGGUGCGAGCUGACAUCCUCCAUAGUGCUGUCAAUGGCUUUAAAGAUUUUUUAUGAAGUAUUUUCUCGUGUCACUGCAGUCGCAUGACUUAAAAUCAACUGUUCUUGUGGACAUUGUUCGUAGACCUUGAUACCCCUUUAUUUGAAAGAGGUGCUUGUGUAUGCUGACACUGUAAAAUAUUUAUGCUUUCAACCAGUGAUUAUUUCUGAAUUGGUUUGAUCUGGAUUCUUCUUUUCAAUGUGCAGUCGAUGGUUAGUUUUGGGGGCUUGAGUCAUGCAAUGGAUAUUUAUCAGCCGUUUUUUUGGUUGACUUUAAAACUUUUAUCAUUUGAAUCAUCACGAAUGAGCACAAUCAGAAAAUUCGAACAUGUGUGUCACUUGAACAAAGAUGAAUUUAAAAUGUGUUGAAGUGGUUGCUUACAGUAAAAUUGGACGACUGAGUUUAUCAACACAGAAUAUCUAUUUGACCACCUUCACUUAUAGAUGUUGAACAAAAAGAUUUAAUUUCUUACAGUGUGAAUAUUAUGACAGUACCACUGUUUUGCCACUAGAUGUCCUCAUAGAAAUGCAUGGAACCCCCCUCAGUCGUACUCACUUUAAUUCUCUUGUGUUCGGAGUAGAGAGGGAUGCCGGCUGUGUGUUGCUUUACAGUACAGAAGAAAAUACAAACUGUCAAAAAGCGAUUUUCCAACCGUUUAUAAAGUUAAUUCACAUUCCACUGCACCAAUCAGAACACUUUGCUGUAUUUAGGUUAUGCUCACCACUUUUUGUAGAGUAGGAAUCAAACAUUUAAAACAGCUUCUAAAAAUAGAACUUAAAAAAAAAAAUGCUCUCAUCUUUACUAUUGUCAGUACUCUGAUGGAUACCAAAUGAAUAGGGCAUUGUAUUUGAUAUGCACUGGACCACUUCAAUUGAACCAAAAUCAGCAUGUGUUCAAUGAGUUUGAUGAGACAGAUGCAAUGUAAUAUAACGUGCCUGUAUUUUGCUGCAAGAGGGAGUGUACAUACAUCUCACAGUUUCUACAUAUUUUUAGCAAAAACCAGUGUUGACAUUGUUUUGAACAUACCCCUUGUUAUGGUUUCUUUAUUUCUUGUGUCCCUUUCAGCAGAGUGCAUAAAGAGAAAGUGCCAAAACGAUUGGCACAAAGGAUCACUGAGAGGGCGCCCACCUGCCAUUGAUUUUGACUGUAUCUAAUUCUUUAUGACAUCAUUUCAUCAAAUGUAAUAUCCUUGAAGAGGGAAUAAAGACUUAAAUCUUUAACAAGCA